UGCGCGCUCCCCCGUUGUGGAUAUAACGCAUCACUUGGGUGAACAUGGAGGGCUUCUGUCACAGACCGUAAAAUCCGCGGUUUUCUUUUGUAAUUGUGCUUGUCUUUAUUUUGCGGACGCUAUAAUUCCACGUCCGGGACAGUGUGAACCCCGCACCACCUCCACCCCCGACGCUCCCUGGAGGGGAUUAGAAACACAAACCCGCUCGGUAAUGAAGGCUGGCCCCCCACAGCAGAAUGAUGGAUGGAGAAAAAGCAGGAUGGGACUUUAAGUGGCGCCCACACGGAGCCCUGACGGAAAGGGCUGCGAGCAGGUAAAUGGACCUGCAGGGCAGGAGUCGCUCCCCAUCCCGCAGGACCAGCAGGGUCGAGCAGGUGGUGGGAAGAUGGCUGAGACGGUCCCGAGAGUUGGGCAGCAGGUCUCACUCUUUGAGCAGAGACAGAGUUGCGAUAGAUGGGAGACCAGCAGAGUCCAUUAGUACAGAUCAGAGGAAUUUUCCCUUCCGCUUGAAUGUUUUGAUCCAGCAGGACCCAAAGCUCAAAUCUCAUGGCCUCACGCUUUCCUCCCAGACACCUAUCUUGGUACAAGAGGUCACACAAGGUGGUCCCGCAGAUGGCCGGCUCGUCCCUGGCGACCAGCUUGUGAAGAUCAAUAACGUCGCUGUCGAUGACCUGACCCCUGAGCAAGCUACUGAAAUAAUCAGAGAGUGUCAAGAUUCGUUGUCUGUGACGAUACUCAGAACAAUGCUGGGCCCGAAGUCAUCAUUUAUCACACCUGAGAAGAGGGCCAAGCUCAAGUCUAACCCUGUAAAGGUUCGCUUUGCUGAGGAGGUGGAGGUCAAUGGACACUCUCAGGGGAACUCGCUGCUAUUCCUGCCUAAUGUUCUGAAAGUAUAUCUGGAGAACGGCCAGACCAAGGCCUUUAAAUUUGAACCCAGCACGACAGUCAAGGACAUUGUAAUGACACUGAAAGAAAAACUUUCUCUGCGAAAUAUCGAACAUUUCUCCCUGGUUCUGGAGCAGCAAUACAGUGUCACUAAACUACUGCUGCUACAUGACGAGGAGAAGAUACAACAGGUGGUCCAGAAGAAGGAGUCCCGUGACUACAGAUGUUUAUUCCGUGUUUGUUUCAUCCCAAAGCAACCCGAGACUUUGCUACAAGAUGAUCCAACUGCCUUUGAAUACUUUUACCUGCAGGGAGUGAAUGAUGUCCUGCAAGAGCGCUUUGCAGUGGAAAUGAGAUGUAACACCGCUCUGCGACUUGCCGCACUGCACAUCCAGGAGAGGUUGGCGAGCUGUGGACUGUCCCCAAAGACCAACCUGAAGAUAGUCACUAAGACGUGGGGCAUUGAGAACUUUGUUUCAUCCACAUUGCUGAGAAACAUGCGAGAGAAAGAUUUGAUGAAGGCCAUUAGCUUCCAGCUGAAGAAGAGCCAAUCACAAUGUGAUCCCAAACAGAGGGGCCUGACAGUCAACCAAGCGCGCAUAAAUUACCUGGAAGAGCUGAGUGACCUCAAGUCUUAUGGCGGGAAAUCCUUUAGCGCAACAAUGAUGCUCCAGGACCGAGAGUCCACAGUUACACUGUUGGUGGGUGCACGUUAUGGAGUGAGUCAGGUGAUCAAUCACAAACUUAGCAUCCUGUCCACCCUCACAGAGUUUAACAGCAUCACACGCCUCGAGCUCGUUCCCGAGUCUGACAAGGUCGGCUUGGUUAAAAUAUACCUGCAGGACAUUAUGCCGAUUACACUACUACUGGAGACAGUUGCGUCUAAGGAUAUGUCGUGCCUGAUAGCAGGAUACUGUCGAGUUUUUAUUGACCCCAAUAUUAACAUCUUUCCCUGGAUGGAUGUCCCAAUAAAGCACAGAGUGUCUGCUGAAGAAGGUUAUGUGUCACGUUGUGGUAGCGACUCUGACCACUCGUCGGACUUAGACAUGGAGCCGCUUGUCACCCAUGUGUCUUGCAAUGCCAAACGCCGCCCACGCGUCAGACCCUCUUCAGACACAGAUGCAAGGAAAAGACGAGAAGCGCACGCCAGGAGAAACAAGCAUGACAGUGAAAAUAGGAACAACAAGACAUCAAACAAGAGGCAAAAAGAAGAGAAGGAUGCUGAGAGAGAAAAAGGGGAUCAUUUACUUGAGUGUGAGAAUGAGGACAAAGUACUUGAGGAGAAAGAAGCCCCUAAUGUUGGACAAACAGACAAGGAUCAUGUGAAACUUGAAAAUGAGACACAGGAAUCUAAAUUGGGAUGUGGAGUAGCAGAGGCCCAUCCAUCACAAUCAGAUUCAUGUCAUACCGACUCUCGUGUUGUUACCAGCCCUUCCAGUGACUCUCUCGACCUCCUGGAGGAAGACGACUUGAUUUCAUGCUCCUCUUCCUCACUGAAUAUAAUAGUUUCAACACAAAGUCACGCUCAAAUUUAUUCAACACUUGAGCUUUACCCUUAUACUCAGACACACGCUGAGGCCAACUUACUUGUUCCUCCACCUGCUCAUUCCCAUCCUCUUCUUCACCUCACAUCUUGUAAUAGUGAUGACAGGGGCAACAGAAGGUCUGAUGACAUAGUCGAUCCCCAGCACUUCGAAGCUGUCCCCACAUCACUUGACACCACCAGCUCUUACACUGAAGACGACACCACAUGUUUCGCUGAGCUCUCUCGCCUUGUGGACCUCCUCCCGAGCCCUCCGGAGGCCAGUGAGGAUGAAGAGGAUGUAGAAAAGGACUUGAGGAAAAUGAGAAAUAAGCUGAAUGACAACAAGGAGGACAUUUUAAGGAGAAUAUGUGAAGUAACCAAAACAAGCAGGAAGAGCAGUAUUCGGGGACGCCCCCAGUCCCCGUCGUUGUCCUCAGCCUCUUCCCACUCUGACUUUGUGUUCAACUUUGACCAGAGAGAUGCCAGCUGCUACUACAAAAUCUGCUCCAACAUCACCCCUGACAGUGCUCGCAGCCUUUCCAAGCCUGAAAAUGAUACUCAGAGAGGAGAUAAAAAGAAGGAGGAAGAACAGCGUCAAGCUAAUGAACUGGCAUCAGCGCCCAUCCUCCAGCCACCACCUGGCUAUGGAGACAGCAGCUCUGAUGAGGAGUUCUUUGACGCCAGAGAUGGCUUCACAUCACCUAAUGACCAAACCUCAGGCAUGGAGAUAAAAGAUAAUUGCACUGGGAUGAAAGUGGAUUUUGGAAGAUCACUCAAACUUGGUGAAAUCAGAGUCUCUGUGGGGGAUGCAAACAAAGAUGGAAAAUCAGAAGAGGAGAGACAACAACAAGAAAAGGAAGGAGGUGGCAAAAAAGGACUGUGUGAGCUGAGAAAAAGAUCCCGUAAGCGUCGUUCCUUCAUGGAAACAGAUUAUACCUCCAGGGUAUCAUAUCCAAAACCCAAAACAACAUCGAUGCAGGACCGGGUCCUUUCCAUUUUUAAUAGCAACUUUUUGGCAGAAGGUAGCGAUGCCCACACACUGAGUUCUGAGCCUGAACCUUUAGAACCAACAGAUAAUCCAAGUCUUACUGUCUCCUCUUUGACUUACUCUGAAGGGGAACCAGCACAGCUUGAGUCAAAACCCAUUCCAUUUAAUAUUGGCUCCAUUGAGGAAACUGGAGACUCUCUGGCAUCAGGUACCAGGAACAGGAAACAAGAAAUGGAGAUGGAACCUGAUACAAUGGAAUCAAAAUCUGUCACAGAUCACAUUAAGAGAGUAGCUCCCUCCAUCGCUGUUGUGCGAUGUCGGGUGGAUCCGGAUGGGAAGGAGAGUGCUGAUUGCAGAGGUGACAGACCGGAGACAGGAAGGGACCAGGAGGGGUUGGGAGAUCGAAAACUAGAGGAAGACAAGGAGCAAAGUAUGGCAGGGAAUGGACCAUUCACUUCACAUAUGUUCUUGCCGAGGGUUACUGAGAAAAAAGUACCAAUUCCUUGCAGUGAAGAUGAAAUCAAAGCUAUCACGUUGACUUCAUGGCUGACAGAGUUGAAUAACAAGGGGGUCCACCAGAUUGCUCCUGUUCAAAACUCACAUGCAGAGGAUGAUAUGCCUGAGGAUGACUCAGCACUUUCAUCAUAUUCCCCCCCACCCCCACCACCCUCUUCCCCUCUGCCCCCAAUGCCAGUUUGUCACAAAUCCCAAAGUGACUGUUUACAUUGCACAGGAACCUCAACCAAACUAUCCCCACCCAACUCUGAGGAGAAACAAAAUGAAGUCCACAAUCCACAAUUAAAUUUAGAAAUUACGAAAAAUGAAGAUGAAGCUACUGACAUGAUUACAUUGGCUAGGACCGCUAGUGAUGAGGUUACUGAUAGUAUGAAUUCUGAUGUUUUUGAUGAUGAUGAUGAUGAUGAAUUAAUAAAUGAUGAUAUUGGAAAAGAUGCCGACGGACAUGAAUGGACAACAGCUAUAACUCGGAGCGUGGGUGCUAAUUCACUCGCAGGAACGGCUCAAUCUGAGAUGAGAAUUAACUGUCCCAACAAUUCAACUACUGAACCCCAUUUAAAAAGUAAUGGUCAUCCUGAAUACACUCACACUAUAAAUUCCAUCACAGCUAAGCUUGGCGUUGCAACAAGUGUCAUAAAUCAUACAUUUAAUUCGGGAGCUGGAAUGAAAACUGAAGUUUCAAAUGCUUUAUGUAUGACUCAAACUACACAUACACCGAGAGAAGGAUACUCUUCUCCAGGUGGUGAUUCUCACUCACUUCAAGCAAACACUGCCAUGGCCCAUGAUCUUGCCAAAGAGCCUCCUCUCCCAACUCACUUCAUCUUCCAGUCCUGUUCCCCCAGCAUCAUGGGCCGCUUGUCUGCCUCCACCCUUAGAGGGAAGAUUCAAAAGUUGCCUCUUUAUUUGUCACGUUCCCAAGAGACCCUUAACAAAGCCACACGGGUGAAUGACGCCCAAAGUCCUAUUAGGGAGAGCGAGGCCAACAUUGAUAUCUCGCACAUUGUAAAAAACAUUCAUGAUGUCACAGAAAUCACAGAGACAAUGACUGAGCUGGUGGAGUCAGAUGAUUCAGAUACAACUCUUACUGGAUCAGAAGUGGAGUGUGAUUUCUUUGUCGAAACAACCUCAGCCAAGAACUCUAGUUUAGUAUCAGAAGUAAAGGAAACACCAGAAAAGAUCUUAGUAGACCAUGAAACUACCUCCUUACCUCUCCAGGCUGAACCCCAACCCCAACAUACAAAUAGGCUUCUCCCCGAUCCUAACAAUACACUGGGACCAAUAACAGAGCCCCCAGUUUCCAUGCUGAGUAGCCUCCGAAGAAAUUCUACAGGCCUUACAAUGGACACUCCUGGUCCUAUAAUAGUACCUCCAGAAUCAAAGAUGGGAGAUACAAUGCUCGUUGAAAGCAUUCCAGGUUAUAAAUUAAGCACUCAGUCAUCCCCUAGCCUUCCUCCGAUUGUGGUGACUACACAAAAUCUAAAUGGACCAGGUCUACAUUAUCAUAGUCAGUCACAAAUUGCGCAAAGGACCAGCAGUGACAGGCCCUUGAUGGGUCUUUGUAGGCCAGCAGAACAGACAAUGGAUUCAUCACACGCACCUUAUUCAGGCUGCAGGGUGUUUACCUUCUGGGAGGAACCAUCCCAAGUAUCGUCAGAGGUAGGGACUACCCUAAACUUGAAAUCUGAAAUUGGAUGCACUUCUGUGCUGACAUCCAGGUGUGAGUCAGCAGUAGAGGGAUUAAAUAUGGAUACUUGUGGUUGCCCAGUGGUCUACAACAACUGCUUCAGCAAAGAGGGCAGCUUUGAUGAGGACUUAACCGUCUAUGAGUUCUCCUGCCAAGGCAGUGGUGAAACACAAAGUUCCAGAUUAUCUCUUCCGCUCAUGACUGAUCCUCCAUCAUCAUCCCUUCUUUCCCCCUCUUCCACACACUCUCCCACCUAUCCACACAUUCUACUCUCCUCCCCAGCAUCUGAGCUCAGUCCCCUGCUCUCACCAGUAUCUGAUGCACAAUAUCUCCACAAUCAAACACAAAAGGACACCAUUAAUCGCCUUGGAACGCAACGCUACCCAGAACCACCCACUGGGUUCCAAGUUCUACGAGCGGAUGUAGACCAGCUCCUUUUUGUCCUGGAAAAUAUCAACAUUGACCGUUCUGUAGCUGGUCAAGGAGGUUGCCACCCAAGGGAAACAUGUGCUUCCCACUUUACAGAGAACAAGCAAGUGCUCCAAACUGAGACAAGGCGGUUGACAGCAUGCUGCCAAAAAAUGGUAGCCACUGACCAGAGUCCAGAGGAAAUGCUCAACUCUUUGGCUGAUAGUUUCCGGACCUUGGUGGAGUUGGCUGGUGCAUGCAUAUGGUUUUCCAGUUGCGACAGGUGUAAGGGGAGGAAUGCAGAAGCAGUUGCCGGUCUGCAAGAUGUGGCACGCUCAUUCAGGGACUUCUGUCUGGCAGCAGAGCGAGCCGGCAGAAAGCAUAGCUGCCGUGACCUGAGCACCAAGCUGCUAGCCAAACAGUGCACUGCACUCACUGCAUCUGUCUUCUGCCUCACUCAGAUCUUCCGUACUCUCACUGCACUGUGAUGUGGCAACAACCUUUAGUGAAAAACCUCAGCUGGCAUGUUAAUGGGUGGGAAUGGUGAUGUGCAUAUUUACUGACUACAUGAUGUGCACAAACACAACAGUCUGCCAGUAACCCACCUGCAAUCUGCCUCGGCAAAUCUGCUUCCAUUCCAGUGUAGAUUUGUACUUGAAUGUAUGCUGUAUUAUGUUUAUCAAAUAAUUCAGCUGAUGAACGUUACUACAGUGUUUUAUUGAGUAAGCAAGGAAUGUAUAAGAACGUAUUUGUAAUUGUUUACAUACCGUACUUUCUCUUGUAUAAUGCGCACCCCCAAAGUUGACCUAAAAAUUCUGGAAAAUCCUUAUACCUUGGUACAGUGCAUAUUUACAAUGCAGGAUUUUGCUUCUACCCAUUUGAUCAAAACAUGAAGUAUUAUCUGUAUUUUGUUAGUUUUUUCAAAUAAUUAUUCUGAAGUUAAACACUUUAUUUGAACAUGUAAUCCUUUUUUUAAUUUACUUGCUCUUAUUUUGAAAUUCACAGCCCUACUUUUAUUUAGUAAAUUAGAACACACACAGUUGUGCUCAUAUGUUUGAUUACCCAGGCAGAAUUUGUAAGAUGGGUACAAUUCUUUAAAGAAAACAUAAAUGACCAGGUGAAACACAUACAAUUUUAUUUUAUCCAUCCAUCCAUCUUCUGAGCUGCUUCUCCUCACUAGGGUCGCGGGCGUGCUCGAGCCUAUCCCAGCUGUCAUCGGGCAGGAGACGGGGUACACCCUGAACUGGUUGCCAGCCAAUUGCAGGGCACAUAGAAACAAACAACCAUUCGCACUCACAGUCACACCUACGGGCAAUUUAGAGUCUCCAAUUAAUGCAUGUUUUUGGGAUGUGGGAGGAAACCGGAGUUCCCGGAGAACACCCACGCAGGCACGGGGAGAACAUGCAAACUCCACACAGGUGGGGCCGGGGAUUGAACCCGGGUCCUCAGAACUGUGAGGCUGACGCUCUAACCCACCGUGCCACCAAAUUUUAUUUUAAUGGGAUUCAAAUUAAACGGUCAAGCAUUUCAGAAAAGCUUGAUCAUUAAACAAAACAUAACCAUAAAGAAAUUAAUGAUGGUUGUUUAUUCAUCAGUCAUAUGAAAAACAAAAAAUACCAACAACAUUUUACAAAUUCUGCCAGGGUAUGUAAAUUUCUGAGAAUAACAGUACAUAUAUGCAGUCAUACGUACCCCCUGUCAUAUUGGAAUGAAAGUGUAGGCUACACCUUUUUUAUAAUGAGGUGGCGGUGGUAUUUUGGAUUGAAAGUGUACAGCUUUUCAUAACCACUAGACGGCGUCAUACAUUUAUAAAUUGUGAACAUUUUUUUUUUUUUUUUUUCAUUUGCCCCUAUACCUAUGUAUAAUGCGCACUAUUGACUUUUGACAAUUUUGGGGGGAGAGAAAUGCGUAUUACACACGAGAAAUUACGGUACUUAGCUUUACUCUCAGAAGUUUUGGCUUGUGACAGUGGUGGGCCUUUUGCUUCUGUAGCCCUGAGGUCCAAAAUAGACAUGUAGACAAUACAAUCACACAAAUACCUAAUGCUUCACAAACUGUUAAUGUUACAUAUUAUGGAAUGCUUUUAGGUUUGCCAUAGUUUUUUGUUUAAUGUUCUCAUUUUAUAUGUUAGGGCCAAAAUAUUUAUUAACAGUUGUGUACUGCAACAUAUAUACAGUAUUUUUUCCAUUUGAGGCUUUCAGUGAGAAAUUCCUUGAAUCUUUUUUUUUACCAGUUGAAAAAAAUUAUCUUGACGGCAUAGUCAUGUUAGUCAACCAAUUUUUUAUUUGAUUUGAUAGCACUUUGUUGGGAGCUGAAGGACUUUAUUCUCAUUUUGACAACAUUGUCAUUAACACUAAGUGCAUUUUUAGGAGUAAUUUCCCAGUACGGCAACAAAUCUAGGAAACCUAGUAAACUGUUAAUGAUCUAAUUCUCAGCACCGCCAGAGCAGAAAAACAGUGGGUAGCUUUGUUGGCUUUGUGCUGUUUUACCAUUUAAUUGCCAAAGCACUUCAGGGGUUCAGACAACACCAGUCACACUGAUCAGUCAUUGGGUAAAGAUCCUUUGUGGGCAUUUGUGUGCUUAUUUAUUUGUUACUAAGUUGUAUGCACUUGCAACUGGAGCAUGCCUGAAGAUUAUGUUUCACCACAGAAACACUGGGAACACAAUAUUCAAUUGUAUGCUAUACGAUGGGUAUUGUACCUGAAGACCGUAUGUCUUGAAUUUCAAUGGAAUAUAAUAGCUACUGACUGGAACGGUUUUUUUCAUAUAACAAUAAAUGUUUUAUCACUAUCAUACAGUAUGUGCUCAAGAAGCAUGCAGUUAAGCCAUACAAUGCAUUGUUGUAUCAGGGAUUGUGUCUGAAUGGCUGAAUGAUGACUUCUUGCCCUUGCUUUGUACUGCCCAAGUCUACUAUUAAAACUUACAUUCUGAUUUUUUUUAA